AUAAAAUCAAGUAUUUUUAGACGUGGCUCAGCGUCAUACGAGUACGUAGUAAGAAGUAUAUACCUACUAACUUAUUUGGUGUUUCUGGCUCUCCUGCUGUUUCCUCUCCCUCAUCUCUCCCGCAGAAAGGAAAGCCGGGCCCCUACGAUCAAUCGAUCCGCUUCUCGGAUCCCGACCAGUGAUCAAAACAUACCAAAUAUGAAUGAUGCCGAUGUAUCCAAGCAGAUCCAGCAGAUGGUCCGAUUCAUCCGCCAGGAAGCGGAGGAAAAGGCCAAUGAGAUUUCUGUCUCAGCCGAAGAAGAAUUCAACAUUGAGAAGCUGCAACUAGUGGAAGCUGAGAAGAAGAAGAUCAGACAAGAGUUUGAACGCAAAGAGAAGCAAGUUGAUGUCCGGAAAAAAAUGUAAUUACUCCAUGCAGCUCAAUGCUUCUCGUAUUAAGGUUCUUCAAGCUCAAGAUGACUUGGUUAACUCUAUGAAAGAUGCUGCAUCAAAGGAGCUUUUGCGUGUCAGCCAUGACCAUCAUAACUACAAGAAACUUCUGCAAGAUCUUAUUGUUCAGAGUUUGCAUAAACUCAAAGAGCCUUCAGUCUUGUUGCGUUGCCGAGAAAGUGAUGUUCACCUGGUAGCUGAUGUCGUGCACUCAGCCAAAGAGGAAUAUGCAGCAAAGGCUGGGGUUCACCAGCCUGAGAUCAUAAUUGAUCAAAUCCACCUUCCUCCUGCUCCCUCCCAUCAUGAUGCACAUGGUCCUUCCUGCGCUGGUGGAGUGGUUUUGGCUUCCAGAGAUGGCAAAAUAGUAUGUGAAAACACUCUUGAUGCAAGAUUGGAGGUUUUGUUUCGUAAAAAGCUCCCUGAGAUCCGCAAGCUGCUUGUUGGUCAGGUUGCAGCCCAAUAAAUGUAAGGUCCUGCCUUCCGUGUGUUAUGCAGCCAAUGGCGAUUACCACAUCACUUAUCAGCUGCUAUUGCCCACUUGUGUACUUGUAUUUCCUCUUCUCCCCCCAGGCCUUUCUUGCAUUAGAAAAGCUUUCCCUCUAUGCAGUUUUUUUAUUUAAAUUAUUUGAUUGGUGCAGACCUUGAUUGACUAUCAUGUUGGUCUGCGAUCUUUCUUUUCUAUAACACUAUUAAAUCAGAAUAAGUGUAUGUUUCGUGAAAUGAGACAGAGAGACAUAAUAAUACAACUUAAUCAUUAUUUUUAAUCUUCAAUUAGUGUAUCAAAGCUUCAGAGUUCAGCCUGGGCGUAGCAAAAUAUUCUAGUCUUUCUUUGGGAUUA